GUCUCAGACAUCUGAUUUCAAUGCGAUAAUGGAGCCAGACUUCAUCUUCGCCUAAACAGCUACCCUUCACCGAGAAGUACAAGAGAUGCCUCCAAAGACGCCAUGGACUUUUGGUCGCGCAUCCUAGCACACACGCCGUUGUCCGGCAGCUCCAGCAGAGAUGCCGCUCGGGACCCGGUCAGGCGACGGCAUCGCUUCGAGAAGGAAUACAGCCAGCUUUUGCAAACAUGGCGGACCUCUUCGAAUCUAGCCCGUGACAUUGACGCUGCCGAGAACAUCGAAAUUCGGCUUCAGGAAAUGACCAACAUCCUCGCCGACGAAUCCCGUCGACCUCUCCCACAUCCUUGCAUCUCCUUCUCUGCCGCCAAGGAGAUAUAUGUGCCCAUUGCGAAGAUAGCAACGACGUCGUACAACGAGUGGAUUAUAAAGGAGGCCGUCCUGUUCUUUGCCACCCUGAUCGAGAGCGAAGAGGAAGCUUUUGUGGAGAACGAUGCCUUCUCAGCCAGCUUGACCAACCUUCUGGUUCGCAUCACCGGUGCCAACAGUAUACGGUUGGGAUCAGAUACCGAGAUCAGGGUUGUGGAGCUGGCCUUCAACAUCACAACCAAGAUCAGAUUGGAGCCCCAUAUACUACCCGCAUGGUUCAAAUCGCACCACGCGGAGAGCGCCGGGCAUGAAGAACAGUUUCGAGACCAGAGGGAGAAGUUUGCAGGGAAAACGCAAAAGCAAGACUUCCCCCUGUUCUACCUCUUGAUGGACUAUAUCCACCACGAGGGCAAGACUGGCGACUUUGCGAGGACAGGCUUGCUGUACAUCAUCGAGUCGGCAUCGAGUUCCGUCGCUUUGGAGCAAUGGAUCGUCGAAAGCGACCUGUCCACUUUGAUGGCCACCGGCUUGGGAGCUUUGUACAGUCAGCUUAGUCGCAAGCUCGUCAUCGACCAUCCUCCCCAAGACCUUCCUCCCGUUCUCGCCCUGUCCGACUACCAACACCCCACCUCAACCUUUGAAAUCGUCAGCUCAUGCUCUCCUGACUUCCAACUUCAUCUGGAAACGUUUCUCUCUCAUCUCUUGUUUUGGCAGGAUGUUCUCAAUCAUUGCCGGUCGACUGAGGUCAAGUCAACUCUUCUCGAACAUUUCCAGGUCAUAUUCCUGCAGCAGCUGCUCUACCCAUCACUGCUGGAGUCAUCAGACGUUGAUGGGGGGUCUUCCGUGGCGGUUUUAACGUACCUACGACGUAUUCUUGAAUCUCUCGAUCACCCUGACAUGAUCAAUCUGAUUCUUCAUUACUUGUUGGCAUUGCCAGAUGAAGCGGCCCCAAGUCGCGCGCCCAUAGAACCCGCAAUCAGCGCUGCACGGAAACGGAAAUCUAUGGAUCUUGCUACGAUGAUGGCCACCAAAGCCGAUCCAUCGUACACACCGUUAUUAUUCAACCUAGUGGAUCUGAUCCACUCCUCUCUCAAGUCACGCAACCAGCAGACUGUCUGUGUGACUCUACAACUGCUAGCGGCGAUUCUUAAGCGACAUCACCGGUACGCCAUCAUUACCUUGCUUCGCACAGAAGCUGUGCUCGGCAGCAACAGCCACAGAACCCGUGGGGCUCAUGAACAAGAAGUCGAAUAUUUGACCACGUUGGCAGCGUCGAUUGGAGGACAGGACAAUUUUGACCAAAUUUACGAAAGCAUUCUGAAAGAUACAACGUCCCGCCUGGAAGGUCACCCAUGCUCGCUCAAGCUUGUUGCACCCAAAGUGUCAACAAACAACCACAAGCUCCCUGCGAUACCCGAUAGCCUGCCUGGCGCUCCUCGAGAUGUCCCGCCUCAUACGCUGAGCCCUGAAGAUCCACUGCUCAAUACCAUGCUUGAUCUUCUGGAUUGUUUCUUUGUCAACCCAGUGGAGACCAAUCUCUCACUUACUGAAACCAUCAUCGACCUCGCUGUGUGCGGAUACGUCAACAUUGAAGGUUGGCUUCUCCGCCACCCAAACAGAUAUGUCUAUGAUGCGGAUGGUGAUGAGUCAUCCUCUCCCCUUCCGGACCCAACGUCGCCAUCUUUUGAUGAGACGGAGAAAUUGCGUGCCAUGGCCGAAUGUCGACGACGACCGCAGUGGCAACCAUCCACUUUGCCGCGUAUGCUGUCCACCUUGAAUGCUCUCGCCGAUCAGGUUGCGUCAUUCCGAGGUUCGAUUCCACGAUUUGACGACCUGCUCCAACAACGUCGAGAAGCAUUUCAGACAGCCGACACUGCGGUACCUAACCAGCAACCACUACGUGCGAGCUCGAAGACUGUAACCUCAAUCCCAGAUCGAACAAGUUUAGAUGGCUCACGUCCCGCAUCGCCCGUUCGCCCUACUGGGAUAGAGGGCUUUGCACAGCGCCUGCUGUCCGAGUUGGGUACACCGAGCCGAUCGGGCAGUCCGAAGGGACGCAAGGAAAUGAAUCGAAGUACAUCGGGUAGCUCGGGUAUGUUAGGUGGCUAUGGGCUUAACACGCCUUCUGUGCCUCCGAAGGAGUUCUCUGUCAACCCUGAAACCCCAAACCGAAGUGGGCAUGCAGCAAGGUCAUUCUCGCCAGACGGACCAAGCCACGGCAGUCGGGACAGCCCCGUUGCUAGCCAGAUGGCCGCAUUCGCCGCAAUCGAUCAAAGCAUCCUUGCCCGACGGGUGGGUUUGCCUCCACGUGAGGUUGAGCCAAUUCCGUUGAAUUUCGAGAAGGCGUCCCGAGACGGCAACGAAACCUCCGCUCAGAUUGACGAUGGUUUAGCCAAGCAUGAUGGGGAAUCGCAACACCCUGCAGCUGUAGAGCGAGAAGCCCUUGGGCCCGAGGCCGAGCAGGAAGCCAGGGAGACGGUCGAACUUCCGCCACGAUCCGAAACUGCCACGCCACCGGUGCAGAAAGUAGCGUCGGUAUCGCACGUCAUCACCAACGUUAUUGUUCUUCAGUCGUUUCUUCUGGAGCUUGCUAGCUUGGUGCAGGUCAGGGCUGGUAUGUUUAGUGAGGUCCGAUUUGCUUAGGCCCAGCACGUGGACAUGGGUUUCUACUUUAGCUAUUGUUGAUGGAGCUCAACGUUGCCCUUCCUGCUUGCAGUGCAUUUUCAUGAUCUUGGGUGCUAUCCGCGACGGGUCAUCAUCAACACGGCGGCGGGGGCUCUUAACAUGGUAGACGGAGAGGAUUAGGCUGCUUCCAUGUCAUGACUUAUGAUACCUAUAUAAACAUAGAGAAGAUUUUUGUUGGCCUUGAUG